UUUGUGAGGCACGACUGUAGUCAAGAGAGCACACUGUUCGUAACCCUGACCUAAGAUAUUUAGAAACAGGCUACAUUGAAUUUCCUGGUGAAGCUGCCAUCUUGAAAAGGGAGGUUAAAGCGUAAAAACUUUAUCUACAAUGUUUGACUAGACAUUUCAUGGUUUCUGAAGAUGGCGGGACAGGUACCGGUACCCGGAUGUACCAGACAUCCCGGGAUGGGGUUUGUUUAUGUUUGUACCUACUGUCAACAUGACUUACUCUGCAUGAAAUGUAUGGUUGAUAAUCAUAAAGGACACGAAGUAGAACUACUCACAGAUUACCUGUCUGGACAGAGACGGGAAAUCGAAAAAUCUAGAGAAAAUCUUGCGAACACUGAAUUUUCAAAACUCGAGAAGGACUUGAGCGAUACUGAUACACAAAUCCAUGAAAACGGCAAAAGUUUUCAAAAGAUACGCGAGAGUAUCAGACGACAGGGAAACGCAAUGAAGACGGAAAUUGACAACCUCAUAGAAAAAUCUAUCAAACACUGUGAUGAUAUGGAGAAGAAACAUGUUGAUAUCCUCAACUCUUUUCGGACUGAACUUUCACAAUAUUUAAAUGAAGACAAGGAAACUAAGUUGGACAGGUGUCAGCAGGUACUGACAUCCGGUACCAACGUGGAGGUGAUCUCAUUCGCCCGGGACACCCUCGGUACCUCCAUUGUCCCACCAACUCUCGGGACACUGCCGACAGCAGGUUUCAAGGCCGGAACAAUCUAUUCUGAACUUCUGCAGCGCAUGCUUGGUACGAUUACAGAAGAUGGGGAUGAUCAACAGUACCAAACUAUCACAGAAUGUACCGUAAAAUCACAAUUUACACAUAGUAAACCUAUAACUGCAUUCAGUACUACAGGUGACGAGGCUUGGUUAUCUCUCUGGAAGGAUGAAGAUAUAUACCGAGUAGAUCAGACGGGCAAGGUCAAUGAGAAGGUCGAGUGUGGUGUGAAGGUCAUGGAUACGGCUCUAUCACCGAGUGCUGCGACUCUUUGGUUCUGCUGUCAAGAUGACCAUACUGUCCGAGAAGUCACGUCCAGUGGUAGUAUUGUCACGAGGUUCAGCGUAACCAACAAACCAUUGUCUCUAUGUAUCACGGGAGACAAUACGGUAGUGGUGGGGAUGAAGGGGUGUAUACGUGUGUACACUACAGACGGACGGGAGGUAGCAUCAGCUAGGGCGGGCGGUCCCUGUAAACAGGAAGUGGUAUCGCCCUAUUACAUGGCGUACUGUACACAGACUGGGGGUGUAGCUGCUGUUGACACUUAUGGUGUAGGGUUUGAUAACUACAUGGCUGGGAAGGAACCAGAAAAACAGCCACGCAUCAUUGUGAUGGAUAAACACCUCAACAUGAAGUUCCACACGACACAGAUUGGUACUGGGAAGUCUAACGGAAACAAGUUCUAUCCACGUAGUGUUUGUUUUGACAGAGCCUGCAAUGUCCUUUUUACCGAGAAUGUGUCCAAGUCAGUGCUGCUGAUUGACGGAUGUGAUGGACACUACCUGAGGACAAUUUAUACCGGUACAUCUUAUAGUGUACCAUGGAACAUCAGUCUACAGGAGGACGGAACCCUCUGGAUCACGGACAGUAGAUGUGGAGUGAAGGUCAUCACAUAUAAGUAGGUCAGACACGACAUCUAGACAUAUGAUAGCGGUACUGAUCAAACGAAGACUUAACUGCGAACAUUAAAAGUGGUAUGUUAUUAUUUGGUAAACAUUAACGAUAGUGAAGGAUAACAUGAUGAAGACUCCCAUAUCUACUUAGGUUGACUGCCUGUUGAUAAAAAGUUCACGUCUUCCUAAGUUUUCUUUCUUUAUAAAUUGCCAUUUUUUCAGGAUUUAUUAAACUUCUCCGAGGCUUUUCAAAGUGAAUUCACCGACAACCUUAUAUCGUUUUAUAUGUAUGUACUUCUUAAAUUGUUUUUCUAUCAAGUAGACUUAACAAAUUCUAAGCGUUGUCGAAAAAUAAUUACAAAAUUAUAACUUUUUAAGCUGAUUUUGUAUUAAACUAUCAAAAUGAGUUAACUGAUCAAAGAUAGGAUAGAAAAUAAUGCUUGGGCAAUUAAAAUAUAUAAAUCUGUUGCAUCUUUGAAUUAAUUGCUUUCAUGUGUAAAGGGAGAUAACUAUCAUAAGCGACAACGCUAGUAAUUUUGAUAUUUUCAUGUUCAAAUAAUCACUCUUGAAAGGCAUGUACGGUGUAUUUGCAGAUAUUAACAAGUUCCUAUAUCACCCCGUAUAUCUAUUUAAUUUUGAUUCUCUUGGACUGUUUAUAGAAAUGAAACUUCCAAAUGUCUAACUAAAGCCAUAGCUUUAUGUGUAUACUGCAUAAUUAAUGUUAACCUUUCAAAUAGGUUGACAGGGAAAGCAGAAGUGAAUGAUCCAUUUUGUUGUAAAAUAUUGAUGUAUUCAAUUUACAAUAUAUAUUGUAUAAUUAAUUUGUAUACAUUGUACAUUACAUAUAUCUGUUGUACGAUGUUGCAUAUUGAUGUAUAUAGAUGUGUAUCGCUGCAGUGUCCUCAGAUUCUGUUUACUUUUGUAUCUCACCUUUAAUUCUCGUUAAUUUCCUUGAUUAUUGAGUAUAUAAUUUACAUACACAAAUGGUUUACUGUGACGUCAGAUUAAUACAUGUGUAUAGUAUUGUAUUCAUACCUACAAUUGUUUUAUAUAUAUAGAUAUAUAUGUUUUUAUGUUCAACAUUCCAUAUUUUUAUCACGUAUUAAUGAUCAAUAAAUCAUUUAACUUUUACUACUGGACUGUGACGUUGUCUGGUUAACCCUAUCUACGUAUGUUAACGUCAAUAUCGUUACAAUAAUUCUAUCAGACGCCAUUACAUAUUGAGACGUCAGUCAUCAUGACACAGAUAUGUCGGAAAUGGUCAGCCAAUAUCACAGGCCCGCAGUUAAAGUCUUUCUUGAAAUCCAUCAUUGCAAAUAGCGUGGACAAAUCAAAUCGACAACAGCAUGUAUAAUGAGGUCAUGAUACCAUAGUGUAACAUGACGUGUCAUUGAUUUUAUCAAUGUCCUUUUAAACAACAGAUGGAUUAGUCAAAAGGAAUUUUGGCUGCUUGUACAUGUACCUUAAAGCAUUCUUGAAUUAUGUAUUUGGAAUGCAAACUUGUAUUGGAAUAAAAAGUGUUAUGUUUAAACUUAUUAUUUUUCUGUAUACAUAUUUUACAAACCAUUUGAAAAACAAAAACGUGGAUCAGACUAUCCAGCCUCUACAUCAGAUCCCUGAAACCCUUUAGGCAAAAUUAUCAACUGAAGAUAAUCAGAUGCAAUUAAACCGAUUCAUCAUUUGAAUGAGGGGGCUUAAUCCGCAGAUUAUGUGCCUGCGUCAUCGUAAAGAAAGAAAUGUCACACACUGGGUACUGUGUACAAAGAUCCGACACUGUGGGUACUGUGUACAGAUUUCCAACACUGUUGGUACUGUGUAAAGAGGGCCAACACUAUGGGUAUUUUUUACAGAUAUCCAACAUUGUGGGUACUGUGUAUAGAGGUCUUACACUGUGGGUACUGUGUACAGAGGUCCAACACUGUG